AUGUCUUCUGUCAACAUUUCGUCAUGUCUUGAAAGUCGCCAUAUGAAUGUGCCUUUCCGUGUGCGCGUCCGCUUGUCACGACGCCGCAACGAGGAUGAGGAUUCAGUGCAUAAGCUCUACACCCUGUGCACAUAUGUCCCGUGCACCAACUUCAAAAACCUCACGAAUGUGAAUGUUGACAGUGAAGAGUAA